AUGCAGAAACAUUUGGUUUCGGGUGAAAUGCUUGAGUUUUUGGAGAAUCGUAUUUAUCUAACAACUCUUGAUGAAAAUCCCAAUGGAGAAAUUCUUUCUCAAUUUCAUUUUUUUACAAUUGAUGAUUCUCUUGUUUACAACCCAUUUCAUCAUGAUUUUGGACCAUUAAAUAUCGGACAUCUUUAUCGUUUUUCAUUAAAAAUGCAUGAAAUGCUUUCCGAUCCUGUAAUUCGAGAAAAACCAUUUAUCCUAUAUUCAAAAAAUAAUAAUCGAAACAGAACAUGUGCUGCAUGUCUUAUUGCUUGUUAUAUGGUGCUUAUUCAAAAUUGGCCACCACAUCUUGCUUUAGCACCAUUAACUGAAGCUGAUCCGCCCUAUAUGCCUUUUCGAGAUGCAGGAUAUGCACCUGCAGAUUAUGGAAUUUCGAUUCAGGACUGUGUAUAUGGUCUUUGGAAAGCUAAAGAAGCAAAUAUUUUAAAUAUAAAGAACCUUGAUUUAGAAGAAUAUGAAACAUAUGAACGAGUAGAAUACGGUGACUUAAAUUGGAUUACACCUCAUUUUAUUGCGUUUGCAAGUCCUGUGCAGCCAGGUUAUGGUUCCCAUGGAAAUAAGAAAAGUAUCAUUACUCCUACUUUUACUAGUGUUUUGGAUUAUUUCUCUAGUCAUCGAGUUGGUUUGGUUAUUCGACUAAAUAAGCCUUUGUAUGAUAAAAAGCAGUUUGAAAAUUUAGGGUUAGAACAUGUUGAUAUGUUUUUUGAGGAUGGAACGUGUCCUGAUUUAGAAGUAGUACGUAAGUUUUGCGGUUUAGCUGAAGAAAUGUUUGAAAAAGAUCUUGCUGUAGCAGUACAUUGCAAGGCUGGUCUUGGUCGUACUGGGUGCUUAAUAGGCGCUUAUCUUAUUUAUAAAUACUCUUUUACUGCAAAUGAAGUGAUUGCAUAUAUGAGAACAAUGAGACCAGGUAAAAAUAAAAAAGCUGUAAGUCGUUUAGUAAGUGUAUGCAAAGGAAUGGUCGUAGGUCCACAACAGCACUGGCUUCAUAUUAAUCAACAUCAUUUUAAAAAAUGGUCAUCGCAAUCUCUUCCACGAUGGACAAAAGCAACGAAAUUUUCAACACCACCAAGAAGCCCCCUUAGUAAUAUUAAGAAUAAUACCGUCGAAAAUACGCCCCUUCCUGUGCCUACACCCGGUCAACCACGUAAAAAUAUAAGUAGUCCAAAACGAACCCGUGUAAUUAGUCUUGGAAGUGGUUUACGUGAGGCUUUAACAGAGGUGAUAAAGCAAGAAAUUCUUGAAAUAGACAAAAUUCCACAAAAAAAUUGUGAUGAUGAUGAUGAUGAUAUAAUUGAUUCUGUAAAUUCUGUGGAUUGUAAACAUAAAGAAAUUUUGAAACAAAAUAAUCCAUUUAUAUCUGUAUCUAAAAAGACGAUAAAUCAUGUAGAAAAAAAGAGAUCUGUUAGUGCGAGUAAUACUGCUGUAUUGAAUACGAUGGGUGUUGUAAAUGGAAGAGUAAUUAAGAAUCGAUCUUCAAGAGGAAGAGUGUAA